AAGUAAAGGUUGUUUUGAGUGAACUACGUUGGGCUAUUGGACAAGGGCUACAAAGUGGGCCUCAUUCGGACCACCCACUUCGGGGGCGGAACAAGGCGGAAUGGGUCGGGCGACCCGAUGACCAUAUCCGUUUCCAAAUCUCUUAAACCCUAAACCAAAACCUCUCUUCAACUGAUUCUGAAUUUCCCUUUCGGUGGAUCUUUCAUUAUUGCAGAGGAACUACAUGUAUGUUCAGAUUGGCGCCAACCUGCAAAGGUAGGCACAUUUCAAAAUUUCUGCCACUGCUUAGAAGACAUUACCAAUUAUUUUCAGCAGCCACAAGUUCUCCGCAUUUCUCAUCAUAUGGCCUUGAAAACCAGAAUGAAGAGAUUGAUUUCAAUAGUUUAUUUGAUUCAUGCACCAAAACCCUCCUUGCAAAGCGCCUUCAUGCCCUUCUUGUGGUGUCGGGAAAAAUCCAAAGCAAUUUUAUCUCAAUUCGUCUUGUCAAUCUUUAUGCUAGCCUUGGUGAUGUGUCCUUGUCCCAUGGCACCUUUGAUCAGAUCCAACGGAAGGAUGUCUAUACCUGGAACUCAAUGAUAUCUGCUUAUGUUCGCAAUGGCCAUUUCUGUGAAGCUAUAGAUUGUUUCUAUCAGCUGUUAUUGGUGACCAAGUUUCGAGCUGAUUUCUACACUUUUCCUCCAGUUUUGAAAGCUUGUCAAACUCUAGUCGAUGGGAGGAAGAUACACUGCUGGGUUUUCAAACUGGGUUUUCAAUGGGAUGUAUUCGUGGCUGCUUCCUUGAUCCAUAUGUAUUCUCGGUUUGGUUUUGUAGGUAUUGCCCGAAGCCUGUUUGAUGAUAUGCCAUUUCGAGAUAUGGGUUCUUGGAAUGCAAUGAUUUCUGGGCUUAUUCAAAAUGGAAAUGCUGCAGAGGCAUUGGAUGUCUUGGAUGAAAUGAGAUUGGAGGGAAUAAACAUGGAUUCAGUUACAGUUGCAAGCAUUCUUCCUGUCUGUGCACAGUUGGGGGAUAUUUCAACCGCAACACUAGUCCAUUUGUAUGUCAUAAAGCAUGGUUUAGAGUUUGAAUUAUUCGUGUCUAAUGCCUUGAUUAACAUGUAUGCUAAAUUUGGUAACUUGGGGGAUGCACAGAAAGUUUUUCAACAAAUGUUUUUAAGGGAUGUGGUGUCGUGGAACUCAAUAAUUGCUGCCUAUGAGCAGAAUGAUGAUCCAGUUACUGCACAUGGGUUCUUUGUCAAGAUGCAGCUAAAGGGACUUGAGCCUGAUUUAUUAACACUAGUGAGUUUAGCUUCUAUUGCUGCUCAGUCUAGGGAUUAUAAAAAUAGCAGGUCUGUUCAUGGAUUCAUCAUGAGAAGGGGUUGGCUUGUGGAAGCUGUUGUCAUUGGAAAUGCAGUUAUGGACAUGUAUGCAAAGUUGGGUGUUAUAGAUUCUGCACAUAAAGUUUUCAAACUAAUCCCAGUUAAAGAUGUGGUUUCAUGGAACACUUUGAUCUCAGGUUAUACUCAGAAUGGUCUUGCAAGUGAGGCAAUUGAAGUAUAUAGAAUGAUGGAGGAGUGCAGGGAGAUUAAACUUAAUCAAGGGACUUGGGUAAGCAUUCUAGCAGCUUAUGCCCAUGUUGGGGCCUUGCAACAAGGGAUGAGAAUUCAUGGGCAGUUAAUUAAGACCAAUCUCCACUUGGAUGUUUUUGUGGGUACCUGCCUCAUUGACUUGUAUGGAAAAUGUGGUAGAUUAGUGGAUGCAAUGUGCUUAUUCUAUCAAGUGCCCCGGGAGAGUUCUGUCCCUUGGAAUGUCAUAAUUUCCUGUCAUGGAAUCCACGGACAUGGUGAGAAAGCUCUAAAGCUAUUUAGAGAAAUGCAAGAUAAGGGGGUUAAGCCUGAUCAUGUGACAUUUAUAUCAUUAUUGUCAGCUUGUAGCCAUUCCGGUUUAGUUGAUGAGGGUAAAUGGUUCUUUCAUCUGAUGCAGGAGUACGGGAUUAAACCUAGUUUGAAGCACUAUGGGUGCAUGGUAGACUUGCUGGGUCGAGCUGGUUUUCUGGAAAUGGCAUAUGAUUUUAUAAAAGAUAUGCCUUUACACCCUGAUGCUUCCAUCUGGGGUGCCCUUCUUGGUGCUUGUAGGAUACAUGGAAAUAUUGAGUUGGGCAAAUUUGCUUCAGAUCGUUUAUUUGAAGUUGAUUCAGAAAAUGUUGGAUAUUAUGUUCUGUUGUCAAAUAUUUAUGCUAAUGUUGGGAAAUGGGAGGGAGUGGAUAAAGUGAGAUCUCUGGCUAGAGAGAGGGGAUUGAAAAAAACUCCUGGGUGGAGCUCAAUUGAAGUGAACCGCAGGGUUGAUAUCUUUUAUACCGGGAACCAAUCCCAUCCUAAAUGUAAGGAGAUAUAUGCGGAGUUGCGAAUUUUGACUGCCAAAAUGAAGAGUCUUGGUUAUAUUCCAGACUAUAGCUUUGUGUUGCAGGAUGUUGAGGAGGAUGAAAAGGAGCAUAUCCUCACUAGUCAUAGCGAGAGAUUAGCUAUUGCAUUUGGAGUCAUUAGCACCCCUCCUAAAAGUCCUAUUCGGAUCUUCAAGAACUUGCGGGUUUGUGGCGAUUGCCACAAUGCAACCAAAUUCAUUUCAAGGAUUACCGAGAGGGAGAUUGUAGUGAGGGAUUCAAAACGCUUCCAUCACUUUAAGAAUGGAAUAUGUUCUUGCGGAGACUACUGGUAACAUGGAUUUUUGAUAAUCAAUUGAGAAGACCUCUUGUUUGGAUUGAAGUUGUUGUCACUUACUACAUUGCUCAAACCUCACCUGAUAGCUACACAGCCUUCAGCGUUAAUGCAGGCCUUAGAUAAUGACAGUAAGUUGAGGUUUGUUCGCUGUUAAUGCUAGCUUAGUGAUUAAUGACUGGCUUCACAUUCUCAAGGAUUAUUAAGUUUGACAUCCAGGCACCGGGAAAUCAAGCUUGAUUGCAGCCAUGGCCAAUUAUCUCAAGGUUGACAGCUACGAAUCGGAGCACAAUACCAUUCACUCCGAUAACAAACUCAGGUAGAUAUUGGUGUCAACUACUAGUGAAUCCAUGAUAGUGAUAGAGGAUAUUGAUUGUAAUGCGGAGACUCGAUAUCGUGAAGACUCUUUGAACCAAUAUGAAACCACCAAAGCUCUAGGUUAGUACUUCAACUGAUCAUCAUCACCAUCAUCAUUUUGUAAAAUAAAUCAUGAAUUUGUACAAAACCAUGGUUUUUAAUUGGGUUAUGUACACUUUUCAAAUGAACGAAAAUUGGAGCACUCA